AUGUUAACCAGUAGAACAAAGCAUGCACUACACUGUUGUAUUUUUUUCAUUGAAAUUGUGUUAUUAGAAAUUUUUUCUGGUGGUGUUCGUUUUUUCGAUUACGGUCAAGAUGAUAUUGAUCCAUGGCUAUGUUAUGGUUUUGUUAGUACAAUUAUAUUGUAUAUUUUACGAUUGCUUACCUUUUUAACACUGCCUCAAGUGAUUUUUAAUUUUUUUGGUCUUACUUUUUAUAAUGCGUUUCCAGAUAAAGUAAUUUUAAAAGGUUCUCCUUUAUUGGCCCCAUUUAUUUGUAUACGUGUUGUUACCCGAGGAGACUAUCCUGAACUUGUAAAAAGAAAUGUCAUACAAAAUAUUAAUAUAUGCGUGCAAGCAGGAUUAGAAAAUUUUAUAUUUGACAUAGUAACAGAUAAAAGGAUAAAUGUUGAAGGCAUCAACAGAAGAGUUAGAGAAUUAGUUGUUCCUAGCAAUUACAGGACCAAAAGUGGCGCCCUAUUUAAAGCUAGAGCACUGCAGUAUUGCCUUGAGGAUGAGAUAAAUUAUUUGUCUGAUUCUGAUUGGAUUGUACACUUGGAUGAAGAAACUCUUCUUACUGAAAAUUCAGUUCGUGGUAUCUUAAAUUUUGUUCUCGAUGGUAAACAUCAGUUUGGUCAGGGUCUCAUUACCUAUGCAAAUGAAAAUGUUGUUAACUGGGUAACCACUCUUGCUGACAGUUUCAGAGUGGCUGAUGAUAUGGGAAAACUUCGUUUGCAGUUUUUUAUGUUUCACAAGCCACUAUUCAGUUGGAAAGGAAGCUAUGUAGUUACACAAGUUGGGGCCGAACGAGCAGUUUCGUUCGACAAUGGAUUAGAUGGGUCUGUAGCGGAAGAUUGCUUCUUUGCAAUGCGUGCUUAUCAUCAAGGCUACAGCUUUAACUUCAUAGAAGGUGAAAUGUGGGAAAAAUCUCCUUUUUCACUUUUGGAUUUUGUUCAGCAGAGAAAGCGUUGGCUUCAAGGAAUACUCUUAGUUGUUCAUUCUAAAGCCAUUCCUAUCAAAAAUAAAAUACUUUUGGCAGUAAGUUGCUAUUCUUGGGUCACAAUGCCUUUAUCAACGUCAAAUGUCGUAUUGGCAGCACUUUGCCCCAUUCCCUGUCCCUCAGCAAUGGAUUUUCUUUGCGCAUUUAUAGGAGCAGUUAACAUUUAUAUGUAUAUUUUCGGUGUAAUCAAAUCAUUUUCACUUAUGCGUUGCGGUUUUUUGAAAUUUUUCCUUUGCAUUGCUGGAGCGCUCUGCACUAUUCCCUUCAAUAUAAUGAUUGAAAAUGUAGCCGUCAUAUGGGGUCUGUUUGGGAAAAAGCACAAGUUUUAUAUUGUAAAUAAGGAUAUAAGACCUCUGGUUGCAGUUUAA